CAAAUAAAAGUGAACUUUCUUGCUUUGUCAUUUUUCUCUCUUGUAAUUUUCAGAGUAGUAACUAAAAAUGGAAGGCAAUUUGGGUGGCGGAGUUAACAAUCAAAUUGAAAUUGAAACCCCAAACAACAUCACAAUCAAAGGGAUUCUUGGAUUGUUAAUGGCAAAUACAGAGGCAACAGAUAUCAAGAAAGUUAUAUCAUUAGGAAUGGGUGACCCAACAUUAUAUUCUUGUUUUCAUUCACCUGAUGUUGCACAUGAUGCUGUUAUUGAAUCUCUUACUUCUCACAAAUUCAAUGGUUAUUCACCUACUGUGGGGCUUCCUCAAACAAGAAAGGCGAUUGCAGAUUAUUUGUCGCGUGAGCUCCCAGAAAAGUUAUGUGCAGAUGAUGUUUAUAUCACAGCUGGUUGCACCCAAGCCAUUGAAUUAGCAUUGUCGAUUCUGGCUCGUCCUGGUUCUAACAUAUUGCUACCGAGGCCUGGUUUCCCAAUUUAUGCACUUUGUGCUGCAUUUAGACACAUCGAAGUUCGAUACUUUGAUCUCAUUCCAGACAAAGGUUGGGAGGUUGAUCUCAAUGCUGUUGAAGCUCUAGCAGAUCAUAACACGAUCGGAAUAGUUGUUAUAAAUCCUGGGAAUCCUUGUGGAAAUGUUUAUAGUUACCAGCAUCUUCAAGAGAUCACGGAAACUGCUAAGAAGCUUAGGACCAUAGUGAUUGCGGAUGAAGUAUAUGGUCAUCUUGCUUUUGGGGCUAACCCCUUUGUACCAAUGGGAAUUUUCGGAGACAUUGCUCCUGUGCUUACUCUCGGUUCUUUGUCUAAGCGAUGGUUAGUCCCUGGCUGGCGCCUAGGUUGGCUUGUCACAAAUGAUCCUAAUGGCACCUUAAAAACUCCAAAGUUUGUUGAACGUAUUAAGAAGUAUUGUGACAUUUGCGGAGGUCCAGCUACCUUUAUACAGGCGGCUGUCCCUCGCAUUAUUCAGCAAACUGAAGACGUUUUCUUCAGGAAGACCGUUAACUUGUUGAAGUGGACUGCAGACAUUUGUUGCGAAAAGAUAAAGGAGAUUCCUUGUAUUAGCUGUCCGUAUAAACCAGAAGGAUCAAUGGCCGUAAUGGUGAAGCUGCAUCUACCACUUAUGGUAGACAUAAGCGAUGAUAUUGACUUCUGUUUCAAACUGGCGAAAGAGGAAUCCGUUGUACUCCUUCCAGGACUUGCUGUGGGUUUGAAGAACUGGAUUAGAAUAACCUUUGCCGCGGAUCCAGUUUCUCUUGAAGAAGCACUAGGAAGGCUCAAGUCUUUCUGUCAAAGGCAUUCGUAUCUACAAAAUGAUCAUCAUUGAUUCUACUCCGCUUAACGCCUACAUAAAUUGUUGCAGAAAU